AUUAGCCGAAAAGACAAACGACCUCUGCACACAAAAUGAUGCCAAACACUUCUUUAACCAUUCUCUGCCUGGCACUUAUUGGCGCCACUGUGGCCACACCACUGGCACCCGUAGCCAAAAUCAACGCUGACAAUGGUGUACUCAAUAUGUUGGCCGAAGCGAAUGCUUUGGGCGGCUCUGCUGAUCCUGAAAUCACCACGGAGUGUUUCAACUACUAUAUGCCAAUCUUGAAUCAGCUCUCGACCAAUUUCUCCGUGCAAUAUGAACAGUGUGUUAGUGUUGCCACGAAAGCGACUGCUAAUCUAACUGCCAGCGCUGCCCAGAGUCGCCUGUCACUUGUGAAUGAAACCGAUGCCAUUUGUAACUCCUUCACCGCCUGUAACAGUGACAAUGACACGUUGGACUUCUUCAACUGUUACGCUACAGCUUCCUCCGCUGAUAUUUUGGAAGUCUACACCCUCUCGGAUAGCGCCUCGAAUGCUGCCAUUGCUUUGAAGGGUGGCCUGGAACAAAUUAAAAAUGUUGAAAACUCCUGCACUAAUAACGCUCAAAACAAUUAUAUUUUGCAGACUUCUGAGACUUAUAAGAAAUUAUAUGCUUGCUUUGUUGAUGGUUUGCCCAGUUCCAGCACAGGUGCCACUCCCUCUAGCACCGUGUCGACAGUUAGUACUGCUGCUACUACAAGUUCUGCUGCUCCUGCUACAGCGUAAAUUUGCAAAUCGUCUUGUGGUGUCAACUGUGAAGUGUA